GCUUAUUUGCCCUCGUUAUAUCACUCCGCCGCCCCCCUCGCCAAAGGCUUUGUUCCCCUAUUCUUAUUCUUAUUCUUCCAUGGGAGCUAAAACCCGUUCUGGGUAUUGGUUCCGCUACUCUUGCUUGGCUAUCCUGGUUGCCUCCCUGCAAGGAGCAUUUCCAGAGGGCUAUCACCAUGAGAAUGAGCAGCUCCAUCACAAUUCGACGGAUGGGAAGGAGGGGACGAGCGACAUCAGCUGCAACUUGUUCCAAGGGAGCUGGGUCUAUGACAACUCCUACCCCCUUUACGACUCGUCGCGCUGCCCGUUCAUAGACCCCGAGUUCGACUGCCAGAAUUAUGGCCGGCCGGACAAGAUGUACCUCAAGUACAGAUGGAAGCCAAAUGGAUGCGAGCUCCCGAGGUUUGAUGCGAAGGAUUUCUUGUGGAGGUGGAAAGGGAAGAGGAUAAUGUUUGUUGGGGACUCCAUAAGCUUGAACCAGUGGGUGUCACUCAAUUGCAUGCUCCUUGCCGCAGUGCCCAAUGCCAGGACCUCAUUCAUCAGAAGUGAUCCCCUCUCCUACGUUAGAUUUCAGGACUACGGCGUCUCAGUUAUGUACUACCGGACAACGUAUCUAGUGGACGUCGUCCGUGAAAGGAUCGGACGGGUCCUCAAGCUAGACUCCAUACAGAGUGGGAGGGCAUGGGUUGGCGCUGACUUGCUGAUCUUCAACACAUGGCACUGGUGGACUCACAGAGGAAGGAGCCAGCCAUGGGACUACGUGCAAGAUGGAAACCGGAUAUACCGAGACAUGAAUCGCUUGGCGGCCUUCUAUAAGGGGCUUUCCACAUGGGCCAGAUGGGUUGAUGCUAACGUCAAUCCAGCCACCACCAAAGUCUUCUUCCAGGGGAUCUCUCCAACUCAUUAUCAAGGAAGGGACUGGGGUGAGCCCAAUGCGAGGAGAUGCUAUGGACAGGCUCUUCCAUUGAUUAGACCAACAUACCCAGGAGGUUCCCUUCCAGCACAGGCCAUAAUGCAGAGAGUGUUGCAUGCCAUGUCAACGCCAGUAUAUCUAUUGGAUGUCACGUUUCUCUCACAGCUUAGAAAGGAUGCCCACCCAUCUGUAUACAAUAGGGACAAUUCAGGCAUGGACUGCAGCCACUGGUGCGUUGCAGGCCUUCCAGAUACGUGGAACCAGCUCCUGUAUGCAGCUCUCCGUUAAUUCAAGUGGAGAUAAGGUUGCAUGAAAAGAGAAGCAAACAAGAAGCACCUCACCAUAAACUAUUCUGACCACAGUAUUGUUUCUAGGGUAGAUUUCUCAUUUGCAAGUUGUUUGCAGCAGCUAUCCAUAAUUUGUGCAGGUUUCUCUUUGCUCCCUGAUGAUAUCAUGGAGAGCGGGAAAUAAUCUGUGUGUUGUGAAGGAAGUUCAAAACAUUGUUCUCAAUGAGGGUCAGAUCAUUGCAUUGUAAUUUGGAAAAGUUAAAUUAAUGCUUUCAACUUUCGUUUCAAGAA